AUCGGCUCUUUAUUCCUUCCCGACGAUACGAAAUUCUGUUUCCUUCUUCUCUCUCUAACAUUCGCCAACAUUUGAGAAUCUUUGUCCUCACUGAUUAUAUGGCGACGAGAUAAUUCGGUAUUAUCACAAUCAAAGUUAAAUCUCUGCUCCUCUUCAUUUGUGUGGAUUCAGGUGAUUUGGAUUAACAACUUUGGGGUUUCUAAAGAUCAAACCUUCCCAUCAGAACUCGAAUAGGUACUAUUUGUAGUUUCUUAUUUCCAAAUAAUAGCUCGGCAUUAUAGGUAUGGCCAUAUACUGCAGCUUCCGAAAAUGAUUGAUUUUCUAGCACCCACUUAUUGAUUGAUAGUGUAUGAUUUGAAGUUCCAGGUUCAAGUUCUAACGAUUUCUGCCUGGGGCAUUCAAUCCUUCUGUCUUUAGUUCUUUUUUCUUUUGAUUCAAUGUACAUUCAAGAAUUCUAGAAAGAAAACCCAUAGUUUUCCCGGUCCUACGCACCAAAGUCUUUAUCUGCUCUUUAUGUGUAAAAAGUUUGUUGUUUGUUGCCCCAUCUGUAAUAAGUAUCUUGUCCCAUCCCAACCAUAUUCUUUGUACCCAUUCUAAUAUUUCAAUAGUUCGUCUCAUAUCUCGCAAGAUUUUCCUGCUGGUUUUACUUUUGAGUGUCCAAUAUCGCUCCGUGUCAGUACCCAAAAACUUCGAGGGGUAUCAUGGACCUAACUUUCGGGUCCAGCAAAAUGGUUGUAUUUAAUAAUGCUCUCCAUGAUCAACCAAUAUCUACAUGGACAUGUCUAGUAGUGUUCCAGUCUCGUAUUUCCGAUUCUUAGCUUAUGAACCAAUAUGCUUUUGCCACUUAAUUAAAUGCACAUACUCCACUUAAUAAUUCAGCUCCAUCUGAACUCCCCUGAAACAAACUCGAUAAACAGAAGUCUUUGCAGCAGUCCCUGGAACAGAAAAUAGGCCACCGUUGCCAAAAAUGACAAGAGGGGCAUAGGCCACCCCACACCCACCCCAAAGAAGAUCCGGUCUGAUCUGCCCUAAGAAAGUCCAAAUCUCAAAAUCCCUUCAUUCUAGAGAUGGGUUGUCAUCUACCAACAAUGUACACGUGAUAUUAAAUUUGUCAACACUUAUCUCAAUGUACUACUGCCAUCAUUACAUUAAUCCCACAACACACUCUCCCAUCUCUCACUCUCCUUUAUAUUCACCCUACCUCCAUUACUCCUCAUUUCAGUUUCUAGAUUUCUUCUUCAUUGUCUGAAAAAUAAAUUCUAAAUCAGUUUUGUUAAUUUCUUUCUUUAUUAAGAAAGAAAACCCAAACAAGGAAGAACAUCAUUAAAGGAGUUACAAUGGGUAUGAGCAAGGGGAUUAAAGGGUAUUGGAGAAAAUCAAGAAAAGGGUAUGAAAGACUAGAUGGAUCAGGUCUGAAAUCAAAGAAACGCCUUGAAUUGGUCACUCUAGGAGGAUCAUCAUCAUCAUCAACAACAACAACAACACCAACAUCAGACCCACAACCUCAGAAUGGGAACAAGAGAAGAAGAAGAUUUUGGGGUAUCAAAAUUACACCCAAGCUGAAAAUAUUCUUAAAGAGAAAUUCACCAAAGAAGAUAUUGAAAAAACUUAGAGAUGCAUAUGUGAAUAUGAUGUUGGGUUUUGCAAAUUCCAGUGUGUUCAGUUCUGGGUUUUCUUAUGUGGGUAAUGGUGGGUAUGGUGAUUCGGGUUUUAUGAAACCAGUUAGGAAAGAGUAUGAUGAGAAAGCUAUUGUUGAGUUUUAUAAAUCUUUGAUGGCUCAAGGUCAACUGAUGCCUCGUGAUGCAGCUAAAAUUGUUGCCAAUGGUGGUGGCGGUGGUUUGGUCCUCUGUAGAAGACCUCUACCUUCUGGUUUUUAAUUCUUAUGUAAUUUCUUUGUUGUUGUUGUAAGAAAUGAUAUUAGGAAUUUGUAAGAAUUAAUAAAUUUCUUAGUAUUGAUUUUGGUUUUUAAAGCA